AGGCGGUCCUCAGCGGUGAGGCGGUCCUCAGUGGUGAGGCAAAACAGUGGCUGCUCUUAGGAAAGCCAAUAGCAGACAGUCGACAUAUGGAAUGGACUAGAUUGUAGAAAACAAACUUUGGGAGUCAAGAGUGCAGGGUGCUGCUUAAAUUCCUCUGUUUCAACAGGUCAUAGUCUCUGACUUCUAACAUAUUCAACACUUGGUGUCACUGUUAAAAAUUUUCAACGAAUUCAGGUCAUAGUCUCUUGUCAGUACAGUGGCCAAACCACAAGGCUUGAUUGGUAAUUUUCUGACAAGGUUAGUAGUAGCUGAAUCUGGAUUCCUUUCUGAUCCAGUUACACUGUUUCCACCUGGGCUGAUCCUGGUGCCUCUCAGGAUCUUUGUGGAGGUUGAGAAACUACCAAUAAGAAAUUAGUAUCUAAAACAACUACAGUGGGAUCCAAAUAUUCGGCAUUUUGAGGCCUUGCUUUGGGAAUCAAGACUCUGCCCUCAUGCAACCGUGGAUAGCUCUUGAAGCAUACUGGUCUUAUCACUAGAGAGCUGGAUUAUCCAGAGCCCGAAGAGACUCUAGGUUAAACACUUGAAACAGGAUCAGAACUAAAGAACUAUUUCUUUGGUGUUGUCUCCAGAGGCGAACUUGCCAACAUAUUGGAACUUUAAGAUUGUCAAUAAUUCAAGAUAGGUGUAUUUUAUUUGUAGAAAAAUCAUGGUUCCUGUGGUAGCACAUGGUUUUGUCCAAAUAUGGACCAGGAAGAAGGGGAUGUGUAAGCCAAAGGAAGCAAUUGUAAAAGUAGUGGGAAAGAAGAAAACUAGAUUGGUGGUCUGUUUCGUUAAUGGAAAAAGCACAACUUUUGAACUAAAUAAUAAUAUUAAAAGCGUGAUCAUGAAAUCCUGUGGAGAAAAAGUGAAUCACAUGUAUUUAACUUUCCAAGAUAAUAGCUUCUUGUUUAUACAAAGAACAUCCUCUACAGAUAUCAAAAAUUUGAAGGCAUUCCUGGAUAGAGUCCAUCAAGAUGAUCUUCCACCACCCAUAAGACCUGAUGUGGAUAGCAGUGCCUUUGCCAGCACAACAGUACAGAAGACAGUUGAUGAACCUUCAUCUCAAAAAGUGGGUAAGAAGUCAGGUAGUCGGUCUUUUAAGAAAGAAAAAAAGCGUUCACGUUCAUCUGCAUCAGAAUCACCAACAUCUAUCUAUGAACAGUUAUUAGAAGAUGGAUAUGGGAAGAGAAUGAAGAAGCCCUCAUUGGAUUCCCAAAAGGAGAGUAGCUCUGUGAGAACGAGGAGAUCCAAGACACACCCAUUAAGAUAUGUAAGCCACAGUGAGAAGAAGGAACUGAAGUUAAAAGGGUUAAAACAGAAUAAAUUAGAUUUAGAAUUUUUAUAUAAGAACAGUCCUCACCUACAUGGCACUAAUCUUUUCCCAAAACUAUCUGAGAAUAUAUAUUUCACAUUUCUGUCACAAGCAAAGCAUGAUAAGAAUGACCCAUUUUGUGACAGACUCAAACUGACUCUUGACUACUACCCAGAGAAACUAUGGCAAGGCCUCCCCAAUUUGGGAAAUACCUGUUACAUGAAUGCAGUUAUACAGUCUUUAUUUUUGAUUCCAUCAUUUGCUGAUGAUUUACUCAGUCGGAGUUUCCCAUGGUGUAAAAUUCCCCCUGAUGCACUUAGCAUGUACUUGGCACAGCUGUUUGUCUUGAAAGAUAUUUAUAACGUAAAUAUCAAAAAGAAGUUACUUGAAAAUAUGAAAAAUACCAUUUCAGCAGUUGCAGAGAUAUUCUCUGGCAACAAGCAGAAUGAUGCCCAUGAGUUUUUAGGUCAUUAUUUAAAUAAGAUGAAAGAAAACAUGCAAAAAUUAAGCACAAUUGGAAAGACUGAAGUUAAAUCUGAGGAAGAAAAUUUACCUCAACCAUCUUUGGUUGGCAGUGCAGCCAAGGAAGCGCUCUUUUGUCCUGUCAGCACUAAUUUCGAGUUUGAGUUGCUGUGCUCCAUUACUUGUAAAGCCUGUGGGCAUGUUGUUCCUAAGACAGAACUGAGUAAUCACCUCUCCAUCAGUCUUCCCCAAGAACAGCAAGGACUUCCCUUUUCUAUUCAGUCUAGUUUUGAUCUUUUCUUUGGAACAGAAAAUCUUGAGUAUACAUGUGAACAGUGUAAACACAGGACAUCUUCUAAAAUGUAUAAAUUCAGUAGGCUACCUAGGGUCCUUAUUGUUCAUCUGAAGCGCUAUAACUUUCUUGAGUUUCGGUCCUUCAAGAAGGCUUACCAUGAAGUCAUUAUUUCCAAAAAUUUAAAGAUAUCUUCCCUUUGCAAUGAAGAUACCAGACCACCAUUUCCUUUAAACAAGAAAACACAUCUUACGAAUCUCAAAGUUUUAAAAAUCUUUCGAAACAUAAAUUCUACAGCUAUCAGUAAGUUGAGACCUUCAGCAAAGAUGGCCUUGGAAUUCAUGAAUUCUUUGCCUUCACACAUUGUACCAGACGAAGAGUCCGAACCACAAAAAGAUGAUGAUCCUCAUGAAGGUUCAAGAGAAGAAGAGAAACAAAAAGACCACGGAAAAUACUCUGUACUAAAGAUACUAGAUUCCGCAUGGGCAGACUCAGAAGAUGCAAUAAUCGUUGCAAGAGAGCUGUUAGCAAUGGCCUUAACGAUGAAUAUGGAAGAUGGCUCAUUUUCUCUGAGAGAUAUAACCAUCAGCAACCCAGAUAUAUGUCAGAAAGUGCCUGAAAAUCCAAAACUAGAGGACGAGAGAAUCAAUAUCUUUGCAGAUUUUCAGGCUGUGGAGAAGACCACCGAAGAUAACGAUGAAAAAGCCAAAAUUUCAGAAGAAUUUUCCCUAGUGGCUGAACAGACCCCACAUGAAGAAAGGAUGAAAAUCUAUGAACAAGCCCUUUGGCUGGCACUGCUUCAAAGCUUUCCAAAGCCAAAGAUUCGAAAGCAAAAGUGCACAGAGAAACUCAGACCAAAGGAAUCAGGCGUCCAGGGAACCAAGAUGAAUUCCCCAGGUGCAUCGGGUCUCAAAAAAAGGUCUGGAAAAAAGGGCUAUUUAGGUAGAGAAAAGACAGAAACUGCAUCCAAGAAACCAAAAGGAGAAGCUGAGAUGGAAGAUCCUCAGGCCUACCGGCUCAUUGGUGUUCUCAGCCAUCUUGGGAAGAGCGUAGAUUCAGGCCACUAUAUCUGCGAUGCCUUCGACUUUGUGAGGCAGGAGUGGUUCACUUUCAAUGAUUUGAAGGUGUCAAAUAUCGAAGAAGCCACAAUGCAAAACGCUAGACUUUCCUCUGGGUAUGUUUUCUUUUACAUGCAUAAUGAGAUCUUUGAAGAGCUGUUGGAAAGGGAGAGCUCCCCACCUUAAAGCACAGAGGCAGGGGAGACCUCUCAAGAGUAGGAAGAAAAACAGACUUAAAUUGCACAAAUCUGCUUGACUGCCUCUCUGGCUAUCACUUUCUCUAUGGAAGGAAAACUUUCAACUCUAGCCAAGCACAAAGGAGCAACUAGCAUCCAGGACCAAAGUUCAAGCAGAAACACUUACUUGAAAAUAAAUCUUUGUUCUAACCCUGAUAGAGAUACCUUAGCCUACAGUUCUGGCUGAAAAAUAUUCAUCUCCCCUACCAGACUAGAACUGUGCUUUCCAUAUUCUACUAAUGCAGUGAAUUUUGAGUGUGGUCCUCACACCAGUACUAUAAGGAACAUGGAAGGACUUGUGAGAAAUGCGGUUUCUUGAUUCCACCAUGGACCCACUAAUUCCAAAACUGAGGAGAGAGGUGGCAGUUUGAUGGCGAGCUUCCAGAAAGUUGGAGAAUCACGUCCAUAGUGUGUAGAGUAUCUUGGUGUAUUUUCCUGUUGUAUAUUUGAAUUGUUUAUAUUUUGUAAAGGAGUUUGAUCACAUUUUUUCUUACAUUCAUUCAUACCUUUCCAUUGUAAGUGUAUUAAUAUUAACAUCAAAAGACACAGAAUUACUCUUCUGCUGAUCAGAUUCAGCAGUUUGAUGGGAAAAAGCAGUUUCUGAAGUUCUGGCGAAACCAAUGAAAAAACUAGUUGCUGAAGUCCUGGCAAUAAAACAAUAGUUGCUAGGGCCCUGGCAAUAAAUUCUAAAUGAAGCCUGUAGUUUGUGCAUCCUCCUGGGCAUCCAUAGAUGAGACUGAACACCAUAUCAAGUCUACAGAUUGUUUGCUUAACUUUGCCUUAAUGCCAAAAGGGCUAUAUACCAUCAAGCUUAAACCCUGAGAAUGGAGAAGUUGAUUUGCCCACAAGAAAUUCAACACGUUUUCCUGUUUGUCUGCUGGCACAGUGUUCUUGAUUAUCUCAGACCACCAUGCCAUUUUCUUCAGAGGGACACUUGUACUGCCUAAAAGGAAUAUUGAUGACCAGAACUUUACCUGAAGUCUUGACCAAGCUUCAUUCAACUUUAUAAAACUAAUUCCAGAUUUCUUUUACUUACUUUAUAGUAUGGUGGCCUUAUUCCUCAAUGAGUAAACCAUACAUGCUUUAUUUUUUUUCAUACAUGCUUUAAAAUGUACUUGUAGGAUUUCAAAGUCUUGUUACUGAUUUGAUACACUGUCAAAAAACCUGUGCCUGGAUAUGAUCUGCUUCUGGGUAAACGCCUCAUGGAUCCUGAGGUGGUCAUAUUCUGUUGAAGUGCCAUGUAAUUCAGGGAUUUAGUAAUUCUGAUAUUAAGCUCGUGCCAUCUCUGUAACUUAGGUUUUUGCCAUCUUUGAGGCAGUGAACGGGUAAUGCCUUGUACCUUUGCUAUUAACAAAUGAUUUGUACUGAGAGACUUUCUUACAUCAUAUAAAAGGAUUGAACUUUCAGUCCCACCUUUUCCAGCAUGGGUGAGCCCCCCUUGUGGAUGGGAUAUGGUUCUAGUAUGGCUAUAUUAAUCCAAGAGCAUGUUGAUGCUGUCCAUUCUGGAGGUCCUUAAAAGAGGUGAAUGAGAAUUCAAUGGUGUGAGAAAGUUUAAAACUGGCCUCUGAGAGAAAAACCAGAUUCUAAAGUUUGGGAAAAUAAGUUUGCUCAGAACACUGUGUCUAAAAAGAGGUCUGAGUGGAAGCUAAAGAUUGCUGAGGUUGGCGGGGGGAUGUUUCCUAGGUUGAAUUAAUUAUCUCUGUGGAAGGUGUUGAAGACACAACAAUGAGAUUUCUUCAACUUGUGUAGCACCUCAGCAGCGGGAGCAGUUGAAGGAUGAAUUUAGAGGAAUUAGAUUUAGAGGAAGAGAGUGACACUCUGUUUUCCCAAUUUCAGAUUUUUUGCUUCUAAUAAAAUAGUUAAAUCUGAACCUAUUUUUGUUGGCAUCAAAGCAAGAGUUUAGGAAAGAGUGAGGGAAAGUAAUUUUCUUUUGAAAGGAGAAUGAAGAUGCUAGUAGUUUUAAGCGAUUAAAGAUUGUUGGUGUGGAGUAUAGAGCAUUGCACAUUCUGCACAUGCUGCUCUUCAGCUUGUAGCACUUGCGGAUGCAGGGCGAAUGAAAAGGCGAAGAAGGCUGUGGCAUCCAUGAGAGCGAGGCUCUGUCCUCUGGGACAGAUAGUUUGGGUGGAGUCCAUCACUGUUCUGUGAGAAGAAAUUCUUGGUGCACAAUGAGUGGCUGUACACUGUCUACCUAUUACACUGUUAUUUCAAAUAAAAAUUAAAAAUUCUUAAGUGACUCAGUGGCUACUUAUUAUGGAUUUUAAUUGGUUCUCUAU